AUGGUUGGUGCUGAUGAUAGUUUUGACGAUAUCAAUGAGGAAGAGUUAGAGUCUCUUUGUGGAAAUAAUGUCAACCGGAUUGUUCAUGAGACAGUCAUUCGGAAAUCAAUGCCGGUGCAGAAGGACUUGACUGGCCGUACCAUUGAAGGUCAAAAGUCGAUCUACGAAGAAAUCAGGCAGGAAGUUACAUUUGGACCAACUCACCACAAGUUAGUUCAAGAUGCAUUGGGACACUAUGUGUAUCCGACGAAUUUCGAGGUUAGAGAAUAUCAGUUCGAUAUUGUACGAAAAGCUCUGUUCCAGAAUACAUUAUGUGCGAUUCCAACAGGAAUGGGGAAAACUUUCAUAGCGAGCACUGUUAUGCUCAAUUUCUUUAGGUGGUCUCAAUCGGGGAAGAUCAUCUUCACAGCUCCAACAAGACCACUAGUUGCACAACAGAUCAAAGCUUGUUUGGGUAUUACCGGGAUACCACAGGAUCAGACUGCAAUUCUUCUGGAUAAAUCGAGAAAGAAUAGAGAAGAAAUUUGGGAGGAGAAGAGAGUCUUCUUUACCACACCGCAGGUGAUGGAAAAUGACCUGAAGCGAGGUGUGCUACAUCCCAAGGACAUCAUAACGAUUGUGAUUGAUGAAGCCCAUCGAGCAACCGGUUCUUAUGCCUACACUAAUAUUAUCAAGUUUGUCAGUCGGUUCAAUACUUCUUAUAGGGUAUUGGCGUUGACAGCUACACCUGGAACCGAUCUUAUUGGAGUGCAAGAAGUUGUGAAUAAUCUGGAAAUUUCGAAGAUAGAAGCAAGAACGGAGGAAAGUGCCGAUAUUGUGAGGUAUAUGAGGAAGAAGAGUAGAGCGAAGAUUGAAGUGAGUCCGACGGUUGAGAUCGAAGAUAUAAUCGAACAAAUUGGCAUAGCUAUUCUGCCAGUUCUUUCGCAGGCUAUUGAAUUGAAAAUUUAUGAGGAUUGUAAUCCAUCACAGAUAAACGCUUUCAAGGCGAUGCAACAAAGUCAGAAAAUAAUAGCAAAUCCAGGAAUACCUGAAGGUAUCAAAUGGAGGAAUUUCUUUAUUUUGCAGCUGUUAAACCAUGUAGGUCAGAUGUUAAAGCGCAUUAAAAUCUACGGGAUAAGAACGUUUUACAACUAUUUUAUCGAUAAGCAUAAGGAAUUCACAACGAAAUAUAGUCUGGGUAAAUCGACGAACAAGACCGCGGCUGAAUUUUAUUACAAUCCUAUUUUGACUACUAUGAUGAAACAAUGUGAAUCGCUUCUAUCCAAUCCCAAAUUUUUGGGACAUGGUAAACUAAACCAUGUUAGAGAAGAACUGGCAGAUUUCUUUUCAGAUAUUGGAUCCAACUCUAGAGUGAUUAUUUUCACUGAGCUUAGGGAAAGCGCCUUGGAGAUUGUCAAAUGUGUAGAUACGAUGAAUGAACCAGGCCAUCCCUACCAGGUAAGACCUCACAUAUUUAUUGGCCAAGCGAAAGGUAAAGAAGGUUUUGAUGAAGUGACCUUCGCAAGAAAGAACCAACCCAAAGGUAGGAAAAAGGCUGAUAGACUCAAAAGGCUGGAAGAAGAGAAGCAACUGGAAGAAGACAGAAAGCUGAAGAAGACCCAGGCUAAAUUAGAGAGAGGCACUCGGCGAACCGGUAGCUCUGAAGAAGCACAACUAAACGGUAUGACACAGAAGCAGCAGAAAGAAGUGAUUAUGAAAUUUAAAAAUGGAGAAUAUAAUGUGCUAGUUUGUACUUCUAUUGGAGAAGAAGGUUUAGAUAUCGGUGAAGUUGAUCUUAUUAUUUGCUAUGACACAACGAGUAGUCCCAUUAAGAACAUCCAGCGAAUGGGCAGAACUGGUAGAAAAAGAGAUGGUAGAAUUGUUUUACUUUUCAGUAGUAACGAAUCCCUCAAAUUUGAGCAGGCCAUGAAGGAUUAUGAGAAGUUACAGUAUUUGAUUUGCCAAAACAAUCUACAGUACAAGAAGUCUGAUAGAAUCAUACCGUCCGACAUCAAUCCUAUUUGCCGUGAGGAGCAUAUAAACAUCGACGAAGAUGCACAAGUGGUAAAUGAAAUGGAAGACACAGAAGAAGUUAUUCGUUAUGCUACGCAAUGCAUGCUCGGUAAGAAACCCAAGAGGAGGGAGCGUAAGAAAAAGGGUCCGAAGAAGGAAAAGCAGUUUUUCAUGCCAGAUAAUGUGAAUACAGGUAUUGCAACUGCGAAUACUUUGGUGAAAAAGGUGACAUCGAGAAAAAAAGAGGUGAAAAGUGUUGUUCUCGAUAAAGAGCUUCCUUCCCUGGACCCGGCAGAGCUUAGCCCUCUAGAAGGUUCAUCCCCCGUUAAGCUUGAAUUUGAUGAUGAUUAUAGCGCUUUUGGUAAAAAGUCAAAUAGUGAGCGUCUGCCUAUCUGUGGCGGCUCUACUUACGGCACAGGUGUGCAGUCUGAACCUCCCUCGCCUGAGAAGACAUCAAGUGACACAAAUAUAAGCCUUGGUCAAAAGAUGGACGAUGACGACAGGUGGCACAUUAAUCCAGUAGCGAACAAAAGAAAACUGAAAGUCGAAGUGUCAACAUCGGCAACUACAAAGAAGCCAAAAAGAGAGCCAACUCAAAAUUCAAAUUCAAAUUCUCAAACAGAUGACGAUGGUCUGCUUACCAUACAAGAGCGUGAAUAUUUCCUUCGAAAGUAUUCGGCCGCACACACUGUAUCCAUAGACACCAUACCAAAUUUCAAGCGUUACACCAAGAUUGUCAAUAUUCCGCACAGCUAUCACAAUCAGAAAAUUCAACGUCUAUUUGAAGAUUUGCGGCAUAACAAAAAAGUAAGAACUAUCGAAAUGAAUAGGACUAAAUGCAUUGCUCGCGGUCUUCAAAGCGGGAUUGUUAAUGGAGACGCUCAGCUUACCUCGGUUAUUGUUGAAAAUGACGAGAUCAGCUACAUCGCCAAAACGAGAAAAAAACAGUCGAGUCAAGAAAAUAGUGGCAUUAGUAGAACGAGCUCUAAAGAAUUGGACGAGUUACUAAACUCUGAUUCGGACUUUUAA